AUGUCCUCCGAUGCACAAUACGAGUCCUUCCUCAACAAAGCCAACGAGCCCCUGUCCGCUACACAGAAGGAAUCGACCGACGCGGAAUUUGAGCCAUUCUUCUCUGCCUACUCCGGGGAUAAGCUGCCUUCAGCAAAGGAGUUUGCCAAAGUGGCGGGAGGGAAAGGAGAGGUUUCGGAGGUUAACUUGUCGGACUGGAACUCGAGGGGGAAGUAUAAUGAGGUGGUGAAGGCAGUGGAGGGUGCGGGCGAUGGUGGGGAUGUUAAGGUCUAUAGGCUGGAGGUGAGCAGUACGAGGGCGGUGUAUUUCGUAGUCACGUUGGGAGAAAAGGGAGCGAAGAUCGUGGGCGUGAAGGCGGAGAGCGUAGAGUCUUGA